UCUUUUAUGGACAAAUCUAAACAGGCAGCCAGGCAGGCAGUUUAACACGAAACUCUGAACUCCCCAACUCCCAACCGAAAUCGUGCGAACCACCGUGGCUCCGACGAUGCGCUAUGCGCCAUGGGCGUAGAUUAGGACAGUCUAAUGAGUGCGGUUCCAUAUUGCGCAGAGAGAAUGUUCCUUGGAACCCAGACAACCGGUUUUCAGUUUUGACUCCGUAGAAAUCGAGUCCUCUAUCUCGUUACCUCAGUGUCUCGGAAGCAAAACCCUACUACUCAACUGCCGUUACGGGUUCCGUCGAAGGUUAUUUUCUUCAUCUAAUUCCCUACUAGCUUGUUAUUUUUGUUUUGCAUGCUUGUUCUUCGAUUAAUGUAUGCUGAGUCAGAGGAAACCAGUGGAAAAUCUGUCAAUAAUCUUCAGCCUAGGGUUAGAAAGACGUACUUAAUCCAUGGGUUAUUGGUGUUUGUAUAAGGAAAUUGUAUAUGUUUGCCCAGUGUGGUUUGUUUCUUGAUUUAUUCUGCUCUGGCCUUGUAAAUCUCGGUUCACAAUGGGUGAUGUAAAGAUACCUAAUUGGUUAAAAGGGUUGCCUUUGGCACCCGAAUAUCACCCAACGGAUACCGAAUUCGCAGACCCAAUUGCUUAUAUAUCAAAAAUCGAGAAGGAAGCGAGUGCCUUUGGGAUUUGCAAAAUUAUCCCUCCAUUGCCAAAACCUUCAAAGAGAUAUGUUAUUGCCAACUUAAAUAGGUCACUUUCGAGGUGCCCGGAACUGGCUUCUGAUGUAAAUUCCUCAGCUGUUUGUGCUUCCUCUCAACUGGGUGGUGGGGAUAAAGGGAAUGAUGGGGAGCUUCGGGCGGUGUUCACGACAAGGCAUCAAGAAUUAGGCCAGAGUAUGAAAAAAACCAAGGGACCCCCUCAGGUUCGGCAAUCAGCAAUGCAAAGGCAAGUUUGGCAAAGUGGGGAGGUGUAUACACUGGAGCAGUUCGAGUCUAAGUCCAAGGCUUUUGCUCGGAAUAUUUUAGGCAUGUGUAAGGAAGUUUCUCCACUCCUUAUAGAGGCAUUAUUUUGGAAGGCAGCUUCUGAAAAGCCUAUAUAUGUGGAAUAUGCAAAUGAUGUGCCUGGGUCUGGUUUUGGAGAACCCAAGGAACCAUUUCGGUACUUCCACAAGCGGAGCAAGAAGAGAAAGUUUGAUAAGAAGGUUCAGGGAAUCCCUAAUUGUGAGAACCAGGUAGUGGAUAAUAUAAGCAAUUCUAACAAGGAUAUUGAGAAAGACACCUUCGUGAAUAAUGAUUCAAUUCCAUCUUCAGAGAGUUCUAAGCCAUCUAGCUCGUCAAAUUUGUCAUCAGAUGAGGGUUCAAAGUUUUUUAGGCAGAAGAGUCUAAGUGCUAGUUGUGACAGGGAAGGUACCGCUGGUUGGAAACUCUCAAACAGCCCUUGGAACUUACAAGUUAUUGCACGCUCACCUGGCUCACUUACACGCUUUAUGCCAGAUGAUAUCCCGGGAGUUACUUCUCCCAUGGUUUAUAUAGGCAUGUUGUUCAGCUGGUUUGCCUGGCAUGUGGAAGAUCACGAGCUUCACAGCUUAAAUUUUCUCCAUACUGGUUCUCCAAAGACUUGGUAUGCAGUUCCUGGAGAUUAUGCCUUUACUUUUGAGGAAGUUGUUCGUGCCCAAGGCUAUGGGGGAAAUCUUGAUCGGCUAGCUGCACUUGCGCUUUUAGGAGAGAAGACAACUCUAUUGUCACCUGAAGUGGUUGUUUCAUCAGGAAUUCCCUGUUGCAGGGUAGUACAGCAUCCUGGUGAAUUUGUUGUGACUUUUCCAAGGGCUUACCAUGUUGGAUUCAGCCAUGGUUUUAAUUGCGGGGAAGCUGCUAACUUUGGAACCCCACAGUGGCUCAAGGUAGCCAAAGAAGCUGCAGUUCGUAGGGCUGCUAUGAAUUAUCUUCCUAUGCUUUCCCAUCAGCAGCUGCUGUACUUGCUGACCAUGUCAUUUGUUUCAAGAGUACCUAGAUCCUUACUCCCAGGAGCACGAAGUUCUCGACUGAGAGAUCGCCAGAAGGAAGAAAGAGAACUACUAGUAAAGAAAGCAUUUAUAGAUGAUAUGUUGACAGAAAACAAUCUAUUAUCGAAUCUUCUUGGAAAAGGAUCAACUUAUCAUGCAGUAUUGUGGGAUCCUGAAUCACUGCCUUCCCCUUGUAAAGAUUCUCAGUCAUUUCCUUUGCCCACUUUUCCAGAUGCAUCUAGCUUGUUAAUUGAUGAGAGAAACAUGGAAACCUGCAACAAUGAAAAGAAAAUUUUCCAUCCAGAGAAUGUGUUACAUGAUGGGCUCGAUAGUGUUGGUACUACAUCAAGCAGAAAAUUAUUGCCUAUUGGUACCAAUAAUGACGAUUGUUGUGAUAGUGUGGUUGACCAAACAAAGUUAAAUAUGGACACUUCCGACAACUUGUAUGCGGAAGAUGCUGAUUUGCCAUAUGGUUUACAUGUUGACUCAGAAACAUUGGCAUGUGUGGCUUGUGGGAUUCUUGGUUUUCCAUUUAUGUCUGUAGUACAACCAUCUGAGAAAGCAUUUGAGAAAUUCUUUCAUGCAGAUUGCCAAUCGUCUCAAGAAGGGACAACUCUAAACUCUGAAAAGUCUUUUUCUUCUUCAUACAUGGAUGUCAGUUGCAAUGGUUCUGCUUCAGAUUUCAUGGCUGGUCCAUCUAUUUCAAAAUCUGGGAGUCUGCAGAUGUUUGCAUCUGGUAAGGUUAGCAAGCUGUGGAACACAUCUAAUAAAUUUCUAAGACCACGGGUCUUCUGUUUGGAGCACACACUAGAAAUUAAGAAGCUAUUGCUGUCAAAAGGUGGUGUAAAUGUACUCAUAAUUUGCCAUUCAGACUAUCCCAAGAUAAAGGCACAUGCUACAGCCAUAGCAGAUGAAAUUGGUGUUCCUUUCAACUACAAAGACAUUCCACUGGAGCAUGCAUCUCAAGAAGAUCUGAACUUAAUUAAUAUUUCAAUUGAUGAUGGACAGGAAGAAUGUGGAGAAGACUGGACCUCAAAAAUCGGACUCAACUUGCGAUACUGUGUCAAGCUCAGGAAGGCAUCUCUCUCAAAUCAGGAGCAGCAUGCUCGUGCCUUGGGUGGGUUGUUCUCUGAUAUUAUUCCUGGCUCAAGACUCUCGGGGCUGAAGUGGCAGUGCAGAAGAUCCCGAACACAUCACAAAGGAAUUGGACCAAAUCAAGCAAAAUCCUGUGAGAACGUACAAGUUGAGAAAAGCGAUGCUGCCGAUGCAUUGGUAGGAAAACCAGAUGACAGCAAGGUUGCCACAGAAAAUAAAAUCAUUCAAUAUUCAAGAAGAAGCUCCAAUGGUAAAACAGGUAAUCCUGUAGGAGCUAAUCGGCCUUGUGGCUACCUUAGAAAGCCCCUGUUGGGGGAAGUUGCAAUGGUUAAUAAUGAAGACUCAGAUGUUAACAGCAAAAAAUCUUCUGAAGAUAAUUCUUGUGGCGCUGAGAAGCAAGAAAAUGAUCUUGGGCAGUCAUCUAUUUUUGUCAUUCAUAAUGACAACAUACAUCAUAAAAUCCAGACAACUGAAGAAACUAGAAAAAUGAGUGUGAUUUCUGAUCCAUCCCAGUCUGCAGGUUUGCAUGCCAUUGCUGUUCCAGCAUUUGGAACUGCUGAAGCACAGGCAGAUAAAACCGUGAAGACUGACAUUGAGGGCAAGGCUUGUAAUUUGGUUACACAGGAUGGUUCCGAAGAGCAUGACAUGCAAUUCACCAAUGAAAUCAACAAGAUGAAUGAGUUCUCUACUCAUCCAAAUUUCCCACGUUCUCUGUCUGUUGCUAUCUCAACUGAUAGAAUUUAUGAAACAAAUAUGGAUGACGGAAUUCUGGGGGAAACAAAUGAGAAGGCUGAGUCUCAUAAUUAUUCAACACUGGAUAAAUCAGAAAUGCAACAAGUUAUCCAGACUGUAAAUGGGACUAACAAAGAUCCUGAGGGUUAUAAUGAUGGCAACUCAACAACAGAUCAGUGUAUUCAUCCCAUCCCAAUAUUAGAAUCUUCUGGAGUUCCAGAAGAGAUACAAGAUACUGAGGGGCUAUGCAUUGGUCCUGAUGAUCAUUCUUCACACAACAGAAUGGAGUUGGAAGCGGCCGACUCCAGUAUUUUGGACACCAAGCUGAAUAAAAAAGUGGGAAACAAAAGAAGAAGAGAAGUAGAGAAGAUUACAGGUCAGUGCCUUGAGGGCUUUAUUAGAAGCCCAUGUGAGGGGCUGAGGCCAAGGGCAGGCAGAGGUGCAACAUCUGGGCCUGGAACUCGUAUCAAUACAAGAGUGGAAAAGGCAGUGGUUAAGAAGAUAAAGAGACGACUGGACGGUGAUACUGCUUCUAAACAAAAUAAAGAUGAAACUAACAGGGUUCACAAAUGCGACUUUGAAGGCUGCCAUAUGAGUUUCAAGGUAAAAGCAGAUCUCCUUGUGCACAAGAGAAAUCGGUGCCCACACCAGGGCUGUGGCAAACAGUUCAGCUCCCACAAGUAUGCCAUGCUUCAUCAGAGGGUUCAUGUUGAAGACAGACCUCUCAAGUGCCCAUGGAAGGGUUGUAAGAUGUCAUUUAAGUGGGCUUGGGCAAGGACAGAGCAUUUACGGGUACAUACAGGGGAGCGACCUUACAAGUGCAAGGUUGCGGGAUGUGGCCUAACAUUCCGGUUCGUGUCAGACUUCAGCCGGCACAGACGGAAAACUGGGCAUUAUAUGAACUUGCCCACGUAGUUACAUUCUUUUAGUUUUUGGUAGAUUUAAGGGUUUAUUUGGGUCAUGCAGAAGUGAACAAAAAGUUUCAAUUCUGCAUACAAGAGAUGCACAGUAUAGUGCAAACCCGAAUGUCCUGAUGGGUGUACAUUAGACUGAUAACCACGUUAGGGCUACAUUCUCCACUCAUUCUUAGAUUUGUUGUAGUAAAGAUCAUUCUAAAUUUUGCAUGCAUUUUAGUUCAUCUUUCUGGUUACA